UAUAAUGAAGAAAUAAAGAUCAAAAAAGAGUUUUUCAUUAAAUGAUUCAAUAGAUGAGGAUCGAAGAAAAGAAGAUAUUAUUCAAAAGCUUCUUGAAAGUAGUACAAACCUAUAACCAAAAAAAUUACCAACCAUAAAAUUUGAUUUGGAGGAAAAUGAUAUUCCAGCAAUUGAACCAUAAAUAGAAAUUCCCUAAUAAAAGAAAUAAAUAUAUAUUGAAUAUUUGACUCCAUGUGUUGUAAAAAAUAAUUUAGAUAUGGUCAAAGAAAACCUUCACAUAGUUAUUGAAGAAAGAAUGGAAGAAUCAAAAUUGCUAAAUUGGGCUUUGUUAAUUAUAGAAUUAAUUAAAGUUAUAGCAUUUUUUAAUGUUAUUUUGCAAGAGACUUGUUCUGGCAAAUUUAUUAUUUGGUUUCUUUUGAUGUUUAUACAUGAUGUAUAUUAAAUUUCAUUUAUGAGAGCAUAGAAAUUGGAAUAACUUUUAAAAUUGUUAAUGUAGUUACAACUAAAUAUGAGAGUAAAUUAUCAAAGAAAAGACCUACUUUAAUUAAAAGAGAGUCAAAAUAUCCAAUGGCUGGAAGACAUUCUUACUAUGGAUAAUUGAUUAAAGAAAUUGAGAAAUGGGAAAAUUAAGUAGCUAUUUAAAAUGAUCCUUAACCUACAAGAGUUAUUUAAUAUGUUAAAUUACAUCAAUACAAUGAAUUGUAUAAAAUUUAUUUUAUUAUUUAGAUUCUAUCUAUUCUUGAUUUUUUGGGGACUUUUACUAUUAGGAAUCGAAUGUUAAUCUGAUAUUGUAUUAUCAACAUUUCAUGGAUUCAUUUUAUUAGGAAUAAUUACUUUUUCAUUCAAACUAAUAUAUUUUUUAUCUUUUAGAUUUUGUAUUAGUGCUGUUGUUAUGAAUUAUUUAUUAGUUUCAGAUAAAAAUUAGUCAAGUUAAGUAAUUUAUCUUUUUAAACUAAGGAAAUUAUAGCAAAUAUUCCUAAACAAAUGAAAAAGAAUUAUGAUUUUGAAAUUUGUUAUCUCUGUUCUUAAUAAAUCAAAUAAAUGACAACUUUUAUUGAUUUACCUUGUAAUAAAAUGUAAAUAUUCUUUAAUUAUCUAGGCAUCGUUUUCAUGAAAAGUGUAUUACAAAAUGGUUACAAACACAUCUUUUUUGCCCAGUUUGUGUUGAACCUAUAGAGUUGAUGAAUAUCUAAAUGAGAGUACUAUCUUGA